AUCCUUUCUAGUGCGUCUGACAACCUGGAAGUGUUUGGAGAGAGCAGGAGAGAGAGAGAGACAGAGAGCGGAGCAGGCAAGCAGGCUUGCAUUGGAUAGAUUUUUUUCUUCCAGGCUGGGUUUUCACAUGCUGAUCUGCAAAUAAAUAAAUAAAAGGAAAUAUGCACACGCGAAGCCUGAUCCCAUUGUAAUUUCCAGUGCAAAGGGGGAAAAUAUACACAUACAUAUAUAUAUGGAGAUGCAUUGAUUGCAUGGAAUUCAACGAGCAAGCGGGGGAUCCGGCGGAGGAAGCUCGGAACAUGGCGGAGAGCGAGGAAGGCUUCGGGGUCGCGGCCGCGCCGGCCGACGCGGAGCCCCAGGAGCUGCAGGCGGAAGCCAAGCAGGACCCUGCGCAGCUGGGGGCCGCCAGCAAGGCCCCCACCUCGCCGCAGGCAGCCUUCACCCAGCAGGGCAUGGAGGGGAUAAAGGUGUUUCUGCACGAGCGGGAGCUGUGGCUCAAGUUCCACGAAGUGGGGACCGAGAUGAUCAUCACGAAGGCUGGGAGGCGUAUGUUCCCCAGUUACAAAGUGAAGGUCACUGGACUUAAUCCAAAAACGAAGUACAUACUGUUGAUGGAUAUUGUACCAGCGGAUGACCACAGAUACAAAUUCGCAGAUAAUAAAUGGUCGGUGACGGGGAAGGCAGAGCCGGCCAUGCCCGGCCGCCUCUACGUCCACCCCGACUCCCCCGCCACCGGCGCCCACUGGAUGAGGCAGCUGGUUUCCUUCCAGAAACUCAAGCUCACCAACAACCACCUCGACCCCUUCGGACAUAUCAUCCUGAACUCCAUGCACAAAUACCAGCCCCGGCUCCACAUCGUGAAAGCGGACGAGAACAACGGCUUCGGGUCCAAGAACACCGCCUUUUGCACCCACGUCUUCCCGGAGACUGCCUUCAUCGCCGUCACCUCCUACCAAAACCACAAGAUCACCCAGUUAAAGAUUGAGAACAACCCCUUCGCGAAAGGUUUCCGCGGCAGUGACGACAUGGAGCUCCACAGGAUGUCCAGGAUGCAGAGUAAAGAGUACCCGGUCGUUCCCAGGAGCACAGUGAGACAAAAAGUGUCCUCGAAUCACAGCCCGUUCAGUGGCGAGACCAGGGUCCUUUCUGCCUCCUCCAACCUGGGGUCUCAGUAUCAGUGCGAGAACGGGGUGUCGAGCACCUCCCAGGACCUGCUGCCCCCUGCCAACCCGUACCCGAUCUCCCAGGAGCACAGCCAGAUCUACCACUGCACCAAGAGAAAAGAUGAGGAAUGUUCCACCACCGAGCAUCCCUACAAGAAGCCCUACAUGGAAACUUCUCCGGCAGAAGAGGACCCUUUCUACAGGUCCAGUUACCCCCAGCAGCAGGGACUGAACACUUCAUACAGGACUGAAUCAGCUCAACGCCAAGCAUGUAUGUACGCCAGCUCGGCUCCCCCCACAGACCCCGUGCCCAGCCUAGAAGACAUCAGCUGUAACACGUGGCCGAGCGUGCCCUCCUACAGCAGUUGCACAGUGUCUGCCAUGCAGCCGAUGGACAGGUUACCCUACCAGCAUUUCUCUGCCCACUUCACCUCCGGACCGCUGAUGCCUCGUCUCGGCAGUGUGGCCAACCAUACCUCCCCCCAGAUAGGAGACACCCACAGCAUGUUCCAACACCAAACCUCGGUUUCUCACCAGCCCAUCGUGCGGCAGUGUGGACCUCAGACCGGCAUCCAGUCCCCCGCCAGCAGCUUGCAGCCGGCAGAGUUCCUGUAUUCCCACGGAGUGCCUCGAACCCUUUCGCCCCACCAGUACCACUCGGUGCACGGUGUGGGCAUGGUGCCAGAGUGGAGCGAGAACAGCUAACGAGGCAGUAAGGAAAGUGCAAGAGGAUCAGCCAUGAAAAGUUGAGAAAAGAGAAAAAAGGAAAAGGAAAAAUACCCAGUCAGUAAUAAAACAAGAGUGUUUUGCAAGACUCCUCUAUCUGAAUGUUCACCGGUAGCACUCGAGGGAGACAGACACUGAUCUUGUCGUCUGUUUGAAAUCACAGAUGAAAUAGUUCAUUGGCCUCGUCGUGACUUGCUCCCCUUUUCUUUUGUCUCGAAAGAAAAUCAGCAGAUCAACACACUUCUCCCCUGACACAUUUCCCGCAGAAUUUGUGUUGCUGCCACGAAACCCCCAUGUCCUCGUUUCCCCCCGCCCUCCUGCUCUUUUUGUUUUCAAAGGGACACGAAACUCCUGCUGCCUUUCUCAACAGAGUCAGAGUGCUUGAAUGAAAACAACGAGGAUGUUACUUUUUUGUGGUGUUGAUGUUGACAAUGUUAUAUAAUAAAUAAUAAUAUAUAUUUUUUUUCUUUCAAUUUUCUCAGAAAGACACCGACCCUUUUCAGCAAGGCUUAAAGGGGUGGAUUUUGGAGUGGUGGUUUCUUUUAUUUUUUAGUAGUACUAUUGUUGUUACUUUUCAACGGAAAGAGGUAUUAUGAACCCACAAAUGAGAAAACUUAGGUACCUACCUCGACCAGAUGUUGUACCAUGAGUGAAAUUGCUCACCGCGGUGUGCUAUGUUUCGUUAUAAAUGCCACGCAUGCCCCAAAAUGCAUCUCGGAAGGAACCAGCCCAGUAAACGCAUCUGCUUUCCAAUUUGUGUGCUGUAAUUCUCUCAUUCGUCUUUCCUUCAUGUCCCUCUGCCCCUCUCUUCCAUCAGCUGUCUCAGGUGCAAGCUUGGAGUAUCUUUCAAACUCGUCUCCUGCCGAAUUCGUACCGGCAUGAGGACAGCGGGGCUGCGAGCCAGCUGCAAACGGGAAGAGAGGGAGGGAAGAGGAGAUGCAGACAGCAAAGGGAAAAACAGCAUUCUUAAAAAUGACGAUGCCGCUUGUUUGUAAUCCUCAGCUUUUGUUUUAUUGGUCUUUAUUUUUUCCUCCUCUCAAAAAAGGAAAAAAAGAAAAAAAGGGAUACUCUUCUGGUGUGUUAAGCGAGACAUUUAGCAAAUGUGUUUAAACAGAGCAGAAAACGAUUGUGAGAGAAUGGGAGUGGGGGAAGCAAGAAGAGAAGAAAAAGCAAAAGUGUGUAAGUAAAAAUGUCUGCUGCAGGAAUCUUCAGAUGUAAAAUUUACUGGUACUAUUUAUUUAUACAUGGGAGUUCAAGUAAGUAACAAUAUGUCAUAGAGCCAACAAAGCAGCUGAUUCAGAGGGGUUUAAAUUUUAUUGAUACUGAAGUUUGCUUUCUUGUCUUCUUUUUUUCCCUCUCUAAACUGUGCACACUUUCUCUAUAUAAUUUACAUAUAUUUUUAAUUAAAAGUAAUUCUAAUUAAUGAAA